AUGCGGCAAUUGAUAUCAAGCAAGUCACUUCUAGGACAAUGGAUGUUCGAGAUUGGGGCUAUUGCCUUGGCCUCGGCUGCCGUCGCUGCCAUUGUGAUCCUCCUUAUCAACUUCGAUGGUGAACGCGUCUUUGACGACCCGAUGAUCACCCUGAACGCCGUCAUCUCGACUUUGUCUACAACCAGCCGAGUUUGCCUCCUCGCCAUGCUUGCAAGCACCAUCAGCCAAUGGAAUUGGCUACUAUUUUCAAGCAAGCCUCGCCGUCUUGUCGACUUUGAAUACUUCUCCGCUGCGAGCCGCGGUCCUUUGGGGAGUCUCAGGGUCCUCUUGGACCUUCGUAUUCUGGGCGGGCCUGUAGUGCGAGUCGGCGCCCUCGUUACCAUCCUCACUAUCGCUCUCGACCCUUUUGCUCAACAACUCGUACAGCUUCAAGAGAGAAUAAAGGAGGGCGAGGCUCGCGAAUCUGAGGCUUUAAUUUCUACUGCGGAUAGUUAUUCUCGAGGUGUCGUCAAUAUGCCUUUGUCCUCAUUCGAAGGCAACGAGGGUAACUUUACCGUUAAGAAUGGCAGACUAGUGACCGAAGAUGACGAUAUGCUCUCGUCAGUAGAGCCAGAUUCCGGGAUGGACAUCUCGAUUAAACUCAGCUACGCUGACGUUGACCGGGGACUCAGACACCAAGUGGCCUACAACUGUUCCACAGCCGAUUGUGAGUACAAGCCGAGUGACUCGUUGGCUGUUUGCAGUCGGUGCGAUGACAUAGCGUCUUCUUUGAAGAAGCGUGUCGCCCGAGGAAAGCAACUACAGAUUGCCGAAUUGGUUAAACACCAAGAAUCGCCCAACGGGACCAACGAGUGCACGGAAUAUUACCUCCCUAAUGGUGUGUAUCUGAGCAAUCUAGACGGCGACGAUGACAUAUACUCGCCAUAUCAGUUGUUAUACAUGGUCAUGUUCGGCACUGGCGAUCAAAACAGCACGAUAGCGAUGACCAAGAUGGAUACUCUGAUAUGGGCCCAGAGUUUUAUCACAGUUGAUAAGAGUUCUCUACAAAAUGGGCUCUUCGAAUGGCCGAAGGUCAAGGUUGUUGCUCAGGAGUGCGCACUCUACUACUGCAUCAAGCAAUAUAGAGCUGCUGUCAAGAACGGAACACUAGAGGAAAAUUCGACUACCCUCGAGAACCACAAGCGUAUACAGGGUUCCUGGCAGAUUCAACCUGACUUCGGUAUUGAAGAAGAGGGCUUUCCCGAGUAUGCCAACAAUUCACUCGCUUGGGAUCCGGCCGUCGCCUCAUUUAGGAGGAGUGAACUCCUGUUGGGGGACGAAUCCCGGAACUGGACUAUCGCUUCAGAUGCCGUUUAUAGCAUCAGCUCCUUGAUCAAACAGACAUUUACCAAGUGUAUGGAGACACGAGAAAAUUGCACAGAAGAAGACGGCUUGGAUCCUCCGCAUGGGUUUGUUGCCCGCAGACAGUCCAACCCUCACAUCGCUGACAUGUUGCAACACGACCCUGGGGACUUAUUUGAAAAGAUGGCCCGCGGAAUGAGCGUCGCUAUUCGAAACGGGGCUGACGAAGGACAAAAUGUGAUUGGAACCACCUUUUUCCCCGUCACCGUCUACAGAGUCGCCUGGCCGUGGAUUAGCCUUCACUUGCUUGCUACACUCGGCAGCCUGAUGUUCCUUAUUGCUACCAUCUGGCCGACGCACAAGGCGAAGCUACCCGCCUGGAAGUCGAGCGAGUUGGCAGUCUUUUCGCAGGUGGCUGCGGCAAACGGAGUGUUUAGUGGUGGGGAGACGUACCAUGAACUGGAGGAAAAGGCAAAGGCUGUGCCAGUCGUCCUCCUCGAAAAGAGGAACCAAGAAGAGGGCAUUGUGCUGGAAGACCGUGGUGAGCGCAUCGAAGACAGGGUCGUUAUUUAG